CCUGUUCUUCAGUAUUGUAGAAUAUUUUCUGGAGGAGCUUAGCAGUUUGUGAGCUCCAGCCAUGGACCACAACAGCUACCCAAUGAAGAAACUGGGCUAUAACACAAAGGACUACAACACAAUGAAACCCAACAGCUGCAGUUCCUAUUUCCGGUACUGCCUCCUGUUCACCAGUCUCAUCCAGAUGCUGAUAAUUUUGGGGCUUGUUCUUUUCAUGACCUAUGGAAACACCUACAGCAGCCACCAAUCUCACCUUGAGACCAGUCAGAACCAGUCUGUUCAGUUGAUCAGGGAAGUCCAAAGCCAGAAAGGUACCAUCAAAAGCCUAAUGAAGAAUCUGACAAGCUGCAAUUAUGAGAAAGGCAAUCUCACAGAACAACUGAAAAUUAUGAACAAGACCAUGAUAAGGUGGAUUUUGCAGAAGAAUUACACGGAUUAUUUUAAUUUACCAUUCGACCGCUAUUUUGAACAAUAUUUCAGCUUGAAGAGAAACUGCACCGAUCUCCAAUGGAAGUUUGAAAAGUGCAUGUCUGAUCAACAAUUCAAGGAGAGGAGGGACAAACUGAAAGAGAGAGAAUUGGAAGAGCAGAUAAGAAAACUGUAUCAGCAGCUGUGGGACAUUGAAGGAAACUGUACCUCUAUGAGCAAGGACUUCAGGACUACACUGAACGAGGCCAAAGCAAAUUAUGAAUCAAGCUUCAGUAAACUGACCUCAGGAAGGCCAUUCUAUAGUUCGGACAUAAGAGAUCAAUUGGACCAAAUCAAAGCCAACUGCAGCCCGGUUUCAUUAAGUUUCGAAACGGAAAUUCAGCAGCAGUUGUCCAGAAUUGACAGAGAAAUCCAAAGGGUGCUGUGGACCAACGUUGAUCAGCAACAGAUGAUCAAUACCCUGAAAAAGGGAAACGAAGAGUGCAAGAAGGGUGAAGCCAUAAAACUGGAUGAUAAUACAAAGGAAGUAGAGAAACUUGUGGAGGCCAACAAGCAGUGCUUGGGAAGGAUGAUAGAGGUUCAGCAGCAGAAGGAUGACUUGGAAAAUCGUCUGAAUAACCUGAGGAACAGACAGCAACCUUAUCAUUACUCAUUUAACAGAAGAACCGUCCCAUCCUUUGAAUCUUCCUGCCAGGAGAACGUCAACCUCUUGCAAAAAAUGCUGGAUUUACUAAAUGACCAAUUGGCAGCCAUGUGGCGGAAAGAAGCAUCCAUGGACCUGAAGCUGAAGGAACAAGAAGCCAGAUGUUGGAACUGGAGGAUGUCAGAAUAUCGUGUGAAGACACCAUGAUCUGCAUGAAGUCAGAGAGAAAACCCUCAUCAGUAUCAAUACAUCCAGUGGAAUCCUCUUUUUCUGAUACUUGUGAUACACACUCUACUAUCUUCUUAGUGUCUUGUGUAGCUAUUGUUGUUCCUUUUCACGGCUUGAGGUGCAUCGGGUGCCAUAUUUUUUUCUGUUUCCUCAGCAUUUGUCUGUUUUUUAAAAAAAACACUCAACCCAACACAUGGGCAGUGAGACUCAUUUGGAAUUAAAUUAGUGGUUUGGGAGGAGGGGGUAAAUAUUGUUAAUUUAUGUUUGGUAUUGAGGUGUGGCAUAAUGGGGUCCCAUGGGAUUAGUUUGGGAUUAUGCAGAGAUGUCAGAGAGAAGGGGGUAUAGGAUUAAUUUGGGGAUGAUUCAGUAAAGUGGGAGAGAAGAGGGAAGUGGGAUUAGUUUGGAGUACCCGGAGAGCAAAGCCUUCAGCUUCGAUAAUAUCCCUGCUUCAAUCGGAGUUGUGGAAAGCCAAGGGCUAACUUUGCACUUGAGGUUUUUUCACUUGAUUUAUAUGUAAUCAUGAGGAAUCAGGAACAAAUCCCAGGAUCAUGAUGUAUAAUUUAUCUGAAGUUGGACUAUACCAAUAGAAACAGUUCUUCCCAAACCUUCAUUCCAAACAAGCCAAACGAAAAGAAUUCAAAACAUCAACAUGAUUGGUCUGGGCAGUGCAAAUAGUUGGCAAAUUGGCAAAGUACAGAUUAAGGUGCCCUUAUCUGGCCUCAGGUUACUGAUUGGACAAUCUGCAAGAGAUGGUCAGUAAUUCUGUCACAAGCAGGGCAAAAACUUGGGAAACAGAAUUCCAUUUCCAACAGCAGCCAGUGUGUGUGAUAUGCAAGGACUGGGAUAACAGGAUUCCAGUGGGUGUCGUGUGUGUGCAUAAUGCUUUCAUAACGAGACUGAGGAUUUCCUCUGUUGCAUUUGCUCAUGUGGCAAUUCCUUAGGUAUGAGAGAAAAUUGUUCAUGUUUCAAGUCAGUCUGACAUCUCAUUCUACUUCAAAGAUGGCAAACAUAAAGAAAUAAGCAAAAUAUUAAUGAAAAGAUGUUAAUCACUGUUAAAUAUUAACUAUUGAUGUUAAUCCAAAAAUAUUAACCAUCAAAUACUAACUAACAAAUGUUAAUUAAUGAAUGUAAAAUAAAGGAUUUUAACUCGGUUUUUACUCAAUGCUGGGGUGUGACAAAGUUGGGAAAGCCAACAAUUACUCCCUGUCCCUAUGUGCUCUCAGGAAAGUGCUGGUGAGUUGUCUAGAACAGCUACAGUUCUUCAUAUGAAGAUCCCCCAAAUAACAAUAGUUAACCAAAAGUUAUUAACCAAAGACAGUUAAGUACAAUACGUAAUAUCUCAGUUGCUAAUUCAACCCCUGAUCUGGGAACAGUGGUAGAUGUAUUAACAAGUUUGAUCCUCUAACAGACUAAUUUUCCAUUUGGCUUGCAAAGUCUAAUUUUUAUUAUUUGUUGACACACAGCACGGAACAGGCCCUUCCAGCAGCCCCCGACUUAACCUCAGCUUAACCGCGGGACAAUUCAGAAAGACCAAUUAACCUACUAACCGGUGCGCCUUUAGGACUGUGGGAGGAAACUGGAGCAUCUGGGGAAAUCCCAUGCAUUCCACAGGGAGAACGUACAGGCUCCUUAGAGGUGACGUUGGAAUUGAGCUCUGAACUCCAAUGCCACGAGCUGUAAUAGCAAUGUUCUAACUGCUGUGCUACCAUGUACUUACAAUAUUUCUUUCAAUAUCAAUACUAUUAAAUACAAGUCUCUCAGUCCUCCAUGUACUGGAUCCAGAAUCUUUACUUCCCCUCUCCAAUUAUCCUUCCCACUUCUUAUGCUGUAUCCCUCUCCCACCUUUAAUUCUAACUGACAGGAUUUAUAUUCAAAGGAGUCUGUGGGCAGCGGAAGGGCUCCCUGGUUAACUUUGAUGACAAUUGUAACUGGCAUUGAAGAAGUUUGGCUCCGGGCUGCCUACGGCACUGUAUUGUUCAAACCAAAGGAUUAAUAAACAAAUGCUGA